AUGCUUAGAGCUGCUGCUCAGCUGCAAGAAUUUCAAGCCCACAAUACCAAGCCCAGGCUUGCUAGUGCUCGAAGUAGAAGAGUGCACAAAUGGGUGGCUCUUCCAGCUGGUUUGUUAAAAAUCAAUGUUGAUGGCUCUUUUCAUCAUGAAACUAGGAAAGGAGGUUUUGGCUUUGUAAUUAGAGAUUCAAGUGGUGUAAUGGUAGCUGGUGGGGCUGGUCCCUUGAGUGGGUUGAUCUCAUCAGAACAUGCAGAAGUGUUGGCGUGUAGGUAUGCCAUGAAUUUUGCAUUUGAUCAUGAAUUUGUUCCAGCUUUAUUGGAGACUGACGCACAAGAGGUGCAACGCCAACUCGUUUCCCAGGCUAGUCUCAAUACUUCCGCGUUAGGACGUUUGUAUGAGGAUCUGAAUUUACUCUUGGGUUCUCAUAAUAAUUUGAAAGUUAGUUAUGUUAGUAGAAAGGCAAAUGUAAUUGCCCAUAUGUUAGCUGCACAUGGUAGUAAUCUUGUGCAGGAUUGCUUUUAUGUUUCGAUGCCUAGUUUUCUAGCAGCUGCUGUUGCAGCGGAGAUUCCUGCUUUGUAA